GGUGUUGUGGUAAAGAACAUGUCCUUCAAGGUGGGCCAGACCCUGACCAUCACCGGGAUCCCUAACUCUGAUGCAGCACAGUGAGUAGCUAACCCCCUUCAAACACAGUUAAUUGUCACUCCACUUCUCAGUCAGCAGCCUAGAGACCUCAUAGAGAAACUAGUCACUGUAUCAUGAGAAUGAUCCGUUCAUAUUCACAACAUACAUUAUCAAAUUACAAUAAAAAAGUAGAUUAUAGCUAUAAGCCGUUUCUGUGUAAUUAUCAAUCCAGACCCUCUUGCCCUGUAGGUUAAAGGAUGUUCCUUAUCCCUUCUCUGUGUCUGUGUGCUCUCCUCUUCCCUUCCUGUAGUUUUGUCAUCAACGUGGGCAACAGCGAGGAUGACUUCGCCCUGCACAUGAACCCUCGCUUCGACGCCCACGGAGACACCCGGGCCGUGGUGUGUAACUCCUACCAUGGAGGCAAGUGGUGUGAGGAGCACAGAGAGGGAGGAUUCCCCUUCAACCAGGGAGAGGAGUUUAAGGUGAGAAAUUACACUGUUUGUGUGCUCACAGGUGGAUGUGAGUGUGUGUUUUAAUUUAAACCAUGCUGAUGCGAAUGUCCUGUGUAAGGGAGUUCUACUAGGGGCCUCUGGUGGCAAUAACUUGCAAUCACUGCAUCCCAAAUACCUAAGCACUUCUGUAGAUAACAAUGUGUAAUUACUUCUCUCUCUCAGAUAAAUAUCACUUUCACCAAGGAGCAGUUCCUAGUUGCUCUUCCCGAUGGCUCUGAGAUCCACUUCCCCAAUCGCCAAGGAGACGAGAAGUAUAAAUACAUGCACUUUGAGGGCGACGUCAGGAUCCAGGGCGUCGAGAUCAAGUAGACCAAUCAGAGUGGAGAAGAAUAUUUUGCUUUCUUGUCUGGCUGCUCAUUGGCUUUCCAGAGGUCCACACACACCCACACAAGCCUUAUGCUCUGUGUUUUACUCACCAUAGUUUAAAGUUAGUUUUAAUGCUCCCAUUCCUAGCCAAUGGAUGGAGCCACUAACAGUGAAAUCUACAAAUAAAAUAUACAUUUUUACAGUAGCAGCACAUUACAAGCUUGGAAGUGUUGAAAGGUGAAAGUUCCCUAGGAGUUAGAAAAUUAAUGUAAAUUGUUUUAUUGAAGAUAAAUGUGUCUUUCAUUAAUGUGCAACAAUCAUUCCAGAAGUGGUUUAAGAAAACUGCCAAAUAUUUGUUCAUUAAAAUUAUAUUUUUAUGAACCAUUUCAGAUUGUAUCUUCCUUUGUGUAAAUGUGUGAUUUUAAUCUGCAGGUUUUCUUUUUGUAAAUGUCUGUGUAGCUAUCAAUGUUAGAGAUGAUCGUUUCUGCAUAAUAGCGCUUUGGAUAGGCUAGCAUUCUUCAGUGACUUUAUUACUAGCAUUAGAAGAUGUUUGGCUACAGAUUAAUUAAUGUAGCCUAAUUAUUAAUACAUUAAAUCAGCGAUGCAACUCCUGUG